CGUCCUGCCGGAAACUCAUGCCGCAGCAGCUGCGCGGUUCCGGCUCCCGCUCUGGGUGCGAAUAUAGAGCGGCGGCGGCGGGCGGCAAUGGGGACUGUGGACGUAGGCUUGGUGGACUGUCACUGCCACCUCUCCGACCCGGACUUUGACAACGAUCUUGAUGAUGUGUUGGAGAAAGCCAAGAAGGCCAAUGUUGUGGCUCUUGUGGCAGUUGCUGAACAUUCAGGAGAAUUUGAAAAGAUUAUACAACUUUCAGAAAGGUAUAAUGGGUUUGUUCUGCCCUGCUUGGGUGUUCACCCAGUUCAAGGACUUUCACCAGAAGACCAAAGAAGUGUCACAUUAAAGGAUUUGGACAUAGCUUUGCCCAUUAUUGAGAAUUAUAAGGAUCGUUUGUUGGCAAUUGGAGAGGUUGGGCUAGAUUUCUCCCCCAGAUUUGCUGGCACUGGUGAACAGAAGGAAGAGCAAAGAGAAGUCCUAAUCAGACAGGUCCAACUAGCCAAAAGAUUAAAUUUGCCAUUAAAUGUUCACUCACGCUCUGCUGGAAGACCUACCAUCAACCUCUUACGUGAGCAAGGUGCUGAUAAAGUACUGCUGCAUGCAUUUGAUGGUCGGCCAUCGAUAGCCAUGGAAGGAGUGAGAGCUGGGUACUUCUUCUCAAUUCCCCCUUCCAUCAUAAGAAGUGGACAGGUAAUUUCUGUUUUCUCUCAGAAGCAGAAACUUGUGAAACAGUUGCCUUUAACGUCUAUAUGCUUAGAAACAGAUUCACCUGCACUAGGACCAGAAAAACAGGUACGGAAUGAGCCCAAGAACAUUUCCAUUUCAGCAGAAUAUAUUGCCCAGGUGAAAGGGAUCUCACUGGAAGAAGUUAUAGAAGUGACGACACAAAAUGCAUUCAAACUGUUUCCUAAACUUCAACACCUGCUCCUGAAUUAGCUUUCAAACCAUCCAUUGUAAAACCAGAUCAACUCAGGGGGCAGCUUUUGAGUAAAAGAAAUGUUCUGAUUGAGAAUCUGAACUGGACCAGGCACAGUGACUCACACCUGUAAUCCUAGUACUUUGGGAAGCUGAGGCAGGAAGAUCACUUGA